AUGACGCCCAACCUGAUCCCGCUGCAGCAAAACGCCGGCUCGGACGACCUGUUCCCCAUGGCCGACUGCUUCGGCUUCAAGCUGCACGAGGCCACCAUCGACCAGAUGCAGGCCGCCAUGGCCAAGGGAAACCUGACCUCGGUCCAGCUGGUCAGCUGCUACCUGACGCGCCAGUUCCAGACGCAGCAGUACCUCAAUGCCAUCAUUCAGAUCAACCCCGACGUCUUCGCCAUUGCCUCCCAGCGAGAUGCUGAGCGCAAGGCUGGCAAGGUCCGGGGCCCUCUGCACGGCAUCCCCUUUAUCGUCAAGGACAACAUCGCCUCCAAGGACAACCUCGACACCUGCGCCGGCAGCUGGGCUCUGCUCGGCAGCAUCGUCCCCCGUGAUGCUUUUGUUGUCAAAAAGCUGCGCGAUGCCGGCGCCGUUCUGUUCGGCAAGGCCGCUCUCAGCGAGUGGGCGGACAUGCGAAGCAACAACUACUCCGAGGGCUACUCCGGCCGCGGUGGCCAGUGCCGCAGCGCCUACAACUUGACCGUCAACCCCGGCGGCAGCAGCUCCGGCAGCGGAGUUGGUGUUGCGGCCAACGUCAUUGCCUUUGCCCUGGGAACCGAGACUGAUGGAAGUGUCAUCAACCCUGCCCAGCGCAACGCCAUCGUCGGCAUCAAGCCCACCGUCGGUCUGACGUCCCGCGCCGGCGUCAUCCCCGAGUCCGAGCACCAGGACUCCGUUGGCACCUUUGGACGCACUGUCCGUGACGCGACCUAUGCCCUGGACGCCAUCUACGGCGUCGACCCCCGAGACAACUACACCCUCGCCCAGCAGGGCCUCACCCCCAAGGGCGGAUAUGCCCAGUUCCUGUCCAACCGCACUGCUCUCAAGGGCGCCACAUUCGGUGUCCCCUGGAACAGCUUCUGGGUCUACGCCGAUCCCGAGCAGCAGCAGAUCUUGACCAGCAUCCUGAAGCUCAUCGAGUCUGCCGGCGCCACCAUCAUCAACAACACCGAAAUCACCGACUACCAGACCAUUGUCAGCCCCGACGGCUGGAACUGGGACUACGGCACCACCCGAGGCUUCCCCAACGAGUCCGAGUACACCUACAUCAAGGUCGACUUUUACAACAACAUCAAGUCGUACCUGUCCGAGCUCACCAACACCAACAUGCGCUCUCUCGAGGACAUUGUCGAGUACAACAACAAGUACCCCGGCUCCGAGGGCGGCGUCCCCAUGCCCGACGGCACCCCCGCCUUCUGGUCCGGCCAGGACGGCUUCCUCGCCUCCCUCGAGACCAAGGGCAUCCAGGACGAGACGUACUUCCAGGCCCUCGAGUUCUGCCAGUCGUCCACCCGCAACGGAAUCAACGAUGCCCUCACCUACAAGGGCAAGAAGCUUGACGGUCUCCUUGUUCCUCCCGAUGUUGCCCAGAGCAUCCAGAUCCCCGCCCAGGCCGGCUACCCUGCUAUCACCAUCCCUGCCGGCGUCCACUCCGACUCGGGCAUGCCCUUUGGCCUGGCUAUCCUGCAGACUGCCUUUGGCGAGGACAAGCUGAUCAAGUAUGCCAGCGCUAUUGAGGAUCUGCAGAAGAACAGCAACACUCCCUACAAGCGAACCCUGCCUACCUGGCGCGGUUACCUCGAGAGAAACCUCCCGGUUCCUCUGUAA